UCAACAAAUCAAAGGGUCAACUAAGAGUUUACUUAAAAUGAGUGCAAAAAGAAUAUGUGUUGAGGAAGAUCAACAAAUCUCUAAUGAUGAUGACAAGGAUCAAAAAGUUGUCAUCAAUUCACUGGAUUACGACUCAUUAGCAAAAAUCUUCAUGUUGCUACCAGUACCAGAGAGGAUAGACAUGGAAGAAGUUUGUGUCAAAUGGAAAGAGGCAUGUCAACGAGCUUGGUAUGACAUAAAAAAAUACAAAUGUGAAUUAUCAAUUGGACGUUGUUACGAUAAUCGUUUGUUGACACAAUCAUACAUCGAAAAAAUAUUAUUAAGAUGUGGUAUAUAUUUAAAAGAAUUGUCUCUCUCAAAUAUUUGCAAUUCAAGUAUCAUACCAUUUGUUGGUGAUCACUGUAAAAAUUUAACGAGUCUUGAAUGUGAUGUUAGCAUUAGAUCAUUAAUUCAUGAUGCUGAUCUCUUAGUUCAAGCAUUUACACAGUUGAAUAAAUUAAAAAGCCUAACAAUAACAGUAAAUCAUAGCUACUAUAAGGAAACAGUCAAUUUAUCUGAAAUAAUUAAUAGUCUUCCGGAAGACAUCAAUGAAAUUCAUUUACUCUCUGAAACUCCGUAUAAUAAAAAACGAACAAUUUCUAUGACUUUAAAAAAAUUUAAAAAUCUUCAAAAAUUGACAAUACAUGGCCCCUGUUCAAGAAACAUUUUUUAUGAAAUAGCUGAAAAAACAACACUUGUUCAUCUUACUAUUGGACUCCAUGAUAAAUACAAUAGACUUUCUCUAUUUAAUAAACUCGUUAAUUUGGAGUAUAUCGACUUAACGAUGGGUUUUAAAUAUCGUGUGUAUAACCUAUCGACAGACGUACUUGACAACAUUUUUUGUACAUGCAAAAAUCUAAAACAUCUUGAUAUUGUAUGUUGUCCUUAUGAUGUAGCUAAAAUUCCUCUCGAAAAAUGGAUAAACUUACCAAAAUUACAAUAUCUUGCUAUUUCUUGUACUAUCAUGCCUGACUUAGCAAAUAAAAUUGUUCAAUAUUGCAAGGACUUGAAAGUCUUGAGGAUACAUCAGCGUAUGAAUGAUACUGCUUUGAAAAAGUUAACAGAGCUGGAAAAUCUUGAAUGUUUAUCAUUGUUUGAUAACAAGGAGCUCAGUAAGGAGUCAAUAAUCGCAAUUUCAAACAAUUGUAAAAAACUUAAAUGUUUAGAAAUUCCUGGUUGCCUUGUAGUACCAUCUGCUAGUCUUGAUGAUUUAUCAAAAUUACAAUAUCUUGAACAUCUCAAUUUGUGUGGGGUAAUAAAUCUUGGCAGUAGUGCAAUUACUGCUAUUGCUAAUCAUUGUAAAAACCUAAAAAUUUUAGAAAUCCGAGGUUGCACUGCUAUUACUGAAACAGCUCUCGUUGCUUUAACAAAGUUGGAAAAUUUACAAAAACUAGAUGUAAGCUUUCUUGAUAUUACAGACAGCUCCAUUAGUAAAUUUAAAGAAUUAAAAAUAUUGUAUUGUGUUGAUUGCAAGAAACUUACUGAUGAUGGUAUCAUUCAACUAAUAAAAAAUAACCCAGAUCUUGAAGAGAUUAAUAUCUAUGGUAUAGAUAAUAUUACAUAUAACUUGGUUAUUUAUGCUGAUAAGGCAACUAAAAAUCGUAUAAAUGGUAUCAUUUUACACAUGACAAUAUGUGAUCUGUUAAGAAGACAACUUUUUAACUCAAUGAUUACAUCUCAAUGGUUGGUUGUUGAAGAUAUGGAUGAUCAGACAUAUUUUCUUAUGACGCGUUAUUAAAAACACAUUAAAAAUACUCUACCAAGUCGAAGACAUUGUAAAAGAACAUUAUUAUUAUUAUUACUACUUAUUUUUUAUGGGUAUA